AUGGCAAUUACCCCAUCCGAGCGCCUUCGAAUCCCAGCUAUUAAGCCAUAUGGAGGCACAACUGACCCUGCUGAUCACUUAAAUCUCUUCGCCUCUCACAUGAUGGUCCAGGCGGCACCUGAUGCUAUGUGGUGCAGAGUCUUCCCAGCCACUUUGGAAGGACAUGCAUGGUCCUGGUAUUCAAGUCUGGCACAUCGGUCGAUCGCUAACUUCGGACAGCUUCGGAAUAGGUUCUUGGCUCACUUCGCUCCCCUAAGGAGGCACCGGAGGUCUACCAUGACCCUCGUGAAUCUCAAGCAGAACCAAGGGGAGUCGUUAACAGAUUUUGUGGCCAGGUUUAAUAUGGAGGCAUUGAGCAUUGAGAAUCUUGAUCAGAGUAUCGCUAUGGUGGCCUUUCAGAAUGCCUUGAGGGUUGGCCCUUUUACCCAGUCACUAGCUAAGAGGCCUCCCCAAACAUUCACAGAGAUCCUGAGCCGAGCCACCAAGUACAUUAAUGCCGAGGAGGUGAUGCGGGUCAAAAGAAGUGAAUACUCAGAUAAGAAAGAGAAGAGAAGUCAGAACCGAGAGCAAAGGCCUGAAGAUAAAUCGGGCCGAAGGGGGGAGAGGUCGGGCUCUCGAUGGAGUCCAGUCAGGUUCACCCUGCUUAAUACUCCUCGGGCUGAGAUCCUGGCCACAAUCGAGAACAAGGAUUACUUGAAAAAACCGAGACCCAUGAAAGCCCCGGCCAAGGAUACAGAACCACCAAGGGGUGAACGAAGGGGAUCGAGAAGCCCCCCUCGCAGGCGCGGUAGAUCUCAGGAACAACGUAGAGCCAGAACCCCGCCCCGGAGACAGAAUCGCCAGGGGGAUGGGAGUCCUCCGCAACAGUUGAUUUUUCAUACUCUAGCGGCUGGGGUGGUGCCAGGCAAGGAGUCGGGGGAGAGUUUUGAUCUGCAUCGACGUCCGGGAGUCAAAAGGGCUCGACUAGGGGAUGUUAUCUCCUUUACCGAUGACGACUUGCCAGGAUAUCCGAUUUCUAAUGAUCCGCUAGUCAUCACAGCAAAAUUGAGAAAAUGGGAGCUUCGGCGGAUUCUCGUGGACCCGGGGAGCUCUUCUGAAGUUUUAUAUCGGCGAGCCUUUUUAGGUAUGGGAUACGAAAUGGAACAGUUGAAGCCCGCUCGUGUCCCCUUGAUUGGAUUCGACGGGAAAGUGGUAUAUGCGGAUGGUGUCUUCCAGCUCUUGUUGACUAUUGGAAAGGGUUCUCGGUUUGCCCAGGUCAUGUUAGACAUUUUGGUAGCGGAUGUCCCCUCGGCCUACAAUAUGAUCCUCGGAAGAUCGGGGCUAAAUGCUCUGUGGGCUGUGCCGAGUACUUAUCACAUGGUGCUUAAGUUCCCCACUGCGGCGGGGGUUGGAGAAGUCAGAGGAGACCUAAGGUCUGCCCGGGAAUGUUACAUGGCAUCCAUCAGCACAGCUAAGGGUGUUGUGCAGGAGCAGUUAGAGCCGCAAGAGGAUUCAAGACGGAGACGGAGCCCUACUGUGGGGGAGGUCGGGAUUUCCCCUCCCGCCACUGUCAGUUUUUUACUAGAAGGUCCAGAAGACCCAAAGACUGCUGAGCCAGUAGAUGAGCUUGUAGAGGUACCAUUGGACCCGGACAGAGUCGAUAGAUGCGUAAGGGUGAGCGCCCAAUUGAAAGACCCUAUUCGGACCCGGAUUGUAUCCCUUCUUCGCCAAUAUGCAGAUAUUUUUGCAUGGUCAGUCCACGACAUUCCAGGCAUAGACCCGGCACGUGGUAGCACCACAUUGGAGAUCUCCAAGGGUAGUAUAGUAUUUUUGCCCUUAGUAAAAUAUUCCCUCAUCAACAUGGAAGCUCCAACUUGUGUUAGCAUUUUUGGAUAG